UCAACAUCCUCAUGGAGUUGAAUGUGACAGCACCUGCCAAGGUGAAGGACAGGAAACAGGAUGGCUAUGCAAUUCUUGAGAGUGGAGGUUUGGAGCAGCAGAUGUGGAAAUCACGUCUGGGGUUUAGCAGUAAAUGACUGAACUUACUGCUAAGAAGGCCUGUGUGAUCCUGGGGGUUAUUCAGCAUGGGUUUUCAGAAAACCCUAUAGCAUUAUUUCAUCACAAUAGUAGGUAGAAUGAGAGAGCUGAGUGUGGCAGGAGAAGUGAUCAUAUUUAUCACUGAGAACCUCUAAGUUUGGAAUUUUGAAGGUGUGGCCAUUUAGAAUGAUGUCUAGCUGCAAGGUUUGGUCACAAUGGUGGGGCAGGUAGAGGCAUUUAGACGUCCACAGCUGCCUGAGUUUAAGAGCAUCUUCAGUGCUGGAGGUCAGAUGAAUGGGCACUGAAGUAGAGUUACUAAACAGAAAUGGGAUGAAGAGAAAUAUGGAGUAGAUUUCUGAUGUUUGGGUAGAAGAAGAACCCAACGGACUUUGAUAAAAACAAUAAGUAGGCAGUGCAGAUCUUCAGUGGACGUGAACUGACCGAGUGAUGGUGGAGAAACAGCACCCUGGGUAAAAGAUGCAGAUCUUCCCCCCUCUGUGCCACUCCCUGUUGGAAAUGUGAAAUUAAAGUUACUAAAGGAACAGAUUCAAGCACCAGCGAAACAACUAGUUAAUUACAAAAUGGCACAUUCUUUUGGAAGUGAAAAGCCCAAGACUAAAAGAAAAGUUUGUGGACAGUGUGAGAACAAAGCUGCUCUCCUUGUAUGCCUGGAAUGUGGGGAAGACUAUUGCUCAGGAUGCUUUGCUAAAAUGCACCAGAAGGGGGCACUGAAGUUCCACAGAACAACUCUUAUACAGGCAAAAUCUCAAAUCUUAUCCAAUGUGUUAGAUGUUGCUCAUCAGUUUAUAAAGGAAGUAAAUCCACCUAAUGAAGGGAAUACAUCUACAGAAGUAUCCAGUAAAAGUCAGAAGAAACCCAAAGCCCUACUUCUUCAGGAGAACAGCUCUGAGGUAGAAACUAGAACAACAGAAGGAGGAGAAGGUGCAAACUCAAAAUACAAUCCCUUGUAUGAAACAACUUUUGAUGAAGAAGCAUCUGCCCAGUCCUUCCGGGAAGCCUUAAAUCAGUGGAGAGCUGGACAUCAGGAGGAAAACACACAACAGAACUCACAUGCAAUAAAACCAGUGUUUAUUUUUAUAGACUCAGUGGAAGAAUGUGAAGUACAAACUAAUUUGAAAAUUUGGACAGAACCAAUAAAUAUUGAAUUUACAGAAGACAGUCUGUCCUACAUGGAAAAAUUAUGGCUUAAAAAACACAGAAGAACUCCACAGGAGCAACUUAGGAACAUACUACCAAAUACAUUCCCACAUUCCUGUGAAGCUACUAUGGAGGAACAGAGCUCCCCAGAAGAAAAUGAUGCAGAUAGUGAUGUUGAGGAGAUCAAAGUACAAUAUCCACCUCUUUUUAUGCCGGUAGAAAAAGUUAAUAUAGAGAGGCCUCCACCAUCUCUAACAAUAGUAGAACUGGAUGGUACUCACAAAGCAGAAUGUGAAGAACCAGAGAAUGCUGUGCCUUACAGAGUUGAAUUAGCUGAUGCAGAGAGUCAGUUAAGUUCUACAUUUCCUGAUUAUCGGAAUUGCUUUCCACUCGAAAAUGACAUCCAUCAGCACCUUGUUUUCAACAAGGGAACAAAAGACCUCUUAAGUUUUUGUUUGAGAACGAAUUCUGCAUACCAUAAGGAUGACUUCAAAGCAACAGGAUCUUCAAAUACAGAUUUUGGCAAUACUGUGGAGUCUGGUAUUUAUUCUCAUAAGUUCCAAAAAAUAGAAGAAACCAGUUUUUUUGAACAAAAUGUAGCAGAAAAAAAUAUAGACCCAGGAAACAACCAAAAUUCUGGUGAUUCCUGUACGUCAUUUUGGAGCAAGGGUUCCUUGACAACUGUAGAUUUAGAUACAUCGUUCAUUGAGGAGAAUUCAUCUCAAGACACCAGUACAUCCUUGGAAUGCAGCAAUCUGAAAGAGAGGCCAAACUUAGAAGAUUCAAAAACUACAAAGUCACCACCGCUGUUACAAGAAAUAGCCCUCAGAAAAAAACCUAUAAAUGAACGAUAUCAAGGGCUUGAGAAGUUCUUCGCUCCUGAUACAAAUGAAAGAUUCGACUCACACCCUUCACCAAGCAUAGGAUGCAGCCAUUCAUGUUCCAGCAUAACAUUCACAGAAGACAAAGUGUGGAUCCCUGACAGCAGCUUAAGUGGGCAUGCUGGUAGUGCAGUUGCCUUGUGUGAUCAGCAGAGCGCUGAAAAUCCACUUCCAAAUAUGCAAGAGCAGAAGACAGGCCAGAAGUCACAGAGACCUUCCACAGCAAACUUCCCUGUUUCCAACUCUGCUCGAAAAGGCUCCAGCUGCUGGAUGUCCUCUUCUCCCCGACCCAGGAGUGUGGCCACUCAAUCCCUAUCCAGAGCUGCAUCUGAAAUUUCAGAAAUUGAAUACAUAGAUGUAACUGACCAGAAUGAGCCUUUCCUAGAUAACACUGAAGAUCAACAAGCUUUAGACAGUUUGGAGAAAGAAUUAAAUGUGCUGAGAAACCUUGCAGAUCCUUCAGAACAACUUCAAAGUCUACCCUCAGAAGAUUUACAGAUCUUCACCCACCAUCCUCUAAACUUCAGCCAGAUGUCCGAAGACCUCCUUGAGAUGUCAUGUGAGAGUGAUGCCUCUAAGAUUGAUUUCAGCUCUUCUGGAAGAAAUACCGAAGUGCAGUCUUUGCUGUCACUUGGUGACUACAGCACAGACGAGGAAGAGGAAGAUUUUCUUGAUAAGCAAUGUGUCACUACACUACCGUGGGCGAAGAAUGUGUAACAGUUCAUUACUUCUCCAUUUUGUACCCAGAAUAAACCAAGCAACUGAGUGAUUAACUUG